UGGCAGCAUUGGCGCGGCAACUUCCGGCAGUGGUACGACGAGUGAUACGUCGCGGGGUAGGAUCGCGUGUUCGCACCGUUGGGUCAGAAUGUCGAUCCCCUUCAGCGGCACUCGCACGCGUUCCGGCGGCUUGAUCAGUGCCAUCGUGAAGCAGCUGAAAAGAGUUAGCUUAAAGCCAGUCAAAAGGAUCGAUGUGCGGCUCGACCCGUUCCAUGAGAAUGUCAAGUCUACGAGAGAUUUCCUAUUUUACAUUAGCGCCCCGAAAAUCGGCGCGACAAAUCCGUACUGUUCACUGAAAACGGACAUAGUGUGCGAUCGUUCGGAUCCGAGUAUCACGUUCAGUCUUCAGUCAGGCGAAAAAGUGGUAUUUAAAACGCCUCUUUUGACGUGUCUGAAUAUUUUGGAGCUUUACAACAAGCACAUCUCCUCUUUAGUACCGCCCGAUCCGGCCGAGCUCGAAGCUAAAGAGGAAAAGAAGAAAAAGCGAAGGAAAAAGAUUAAGAUAAAAGAAGGAAGCAAACGUAGAGGAGUGUUUUUAUAAGCUCAUUGGCGACCUGUCGAAUUAUUUGUGACUGGUAAUAAAUCGAUUGUCAAAAGAGAUACUUCUAAAUUAUACCUUAAGUUAGAUCGCUGGUAUCACUGAGAUAUCUUUCGCAAAAAUACAGUAGCUUAGAUGAUCAUAGUCGCACCAUUUCGGAAAAAUUGUUGUAAUCGUCGAUCAAUAUAUUUUACUCCAAUUACUC